UUUUAAAGGGUUGGGCUAGUGGUCAUAUAAAUAGUUGGCUACUUUUUAAAACUACUAUAAUUAUUUUUCUCGCCCGAAAUAUUGUAUUUUCAUAGCCAGCCUAGUUUACCCCUUUCCAUUAACCACUAGGUGGAGUUAUGAACACAAAAGUGGGUCGGAUAUUUUGCUCACAACAAGAGGCUUGUUUCCAGGUCUGUCUGUCUGCCAGUUGGUGAAGGAGAAGUGAGAGUACAAAACUCACUAUUUUGUCUCCUUUGGUUACCCACAAGGCAAGCCAAUAAAAGUGGGUAUAUCACCCAUAUGGAUUAUUGAUUAUUGAUAAAGUCAGAAAAUGUGCUCAUUGACGUUGUAUGAAGUUGUUUUUGAGCAUUUAGGCUACAGUAAGGCCGGUAGUAGAGAAGCCCUUAAGUAAAACUGCUAACUUGAAGAGGCAGGGCAGGUGGUUUUUUGCAGUGAUAUGAUCAGAUGGCUUGUUAGGAGGUCACUUAAAUGCAUAAGAAUUAGUACAGUGACUCACUCAGUUUAUAUCGACUAUACUCUUCUCUGAAUGCUCCCUUCGCCCUUCCUUACAUUGUUGCAUAGGUGAUCCCAGAUACGUGCCCUGCAGUUUAAGGUUCUGAGUUAAUCCACUUUUUGGGGGGAUUGGGACAGCAAAACCAGGGUGCAAAAUUAGCACCAGCCACCAGCCAAUUUUGCACCUUGAGCAGAUUUGUCUUCUAUUUUAGAAUAGGACAGUCAUAAUGAUCCUGUGUUUGCCUUGCCUUUAUCAUAUUCCCAUUUAACUGUUGCAUAUCCUAUCCUUAUGCAAUCCUAGACAUGCAGAUAUGCUCCAGGGAAUUAGGAUUUAUUGUCUGACAGUCGCGUGUGAUUCAUAACUUCGUCAUAGCAUUUGUUUACGGAGAGAUUUAACGUCUGUCACGUUGCUUCGAGAAUAAACAGACAAACGCUAUCACUCGUUACAAGCUGUCGACAAAUAACUUCACUUCCUCUUAGAUCGCGGUGUUUCCAGUUGGGUAAUACCUCCCGUUUAUUUCAGGGUUUGCUUCAGUUCCUGUUACUUAAUAGCUAAACUACAGAGUUAGUGAGGAAAAUGCGGCUCAUUGUAGCGUAAAGUCUGCCAUUUCAGACACAGUUUAGCCGAUAUUAAUUAUUUUAUCUUGUGCAGCUGAACGGAACACAGCUGUAAAUCUAUUUUAAGGCAAUUUCUGGUAAUCAGAUAAAAGAAAUGUAUCCCUUUCCAGCACUACUUAUCCUGGUUGUAAUCCCUUCCAUUUCUGAUGGUCAGCAUGAGACCACCUGCAACGUUGUCCCGAAAGAUCAGUACAUUGAAGUGGGGUCCGAUACCGAGAUAGUGUGCCAGACUUCAUGUGUCCCUGGCAAAGUUUUCUGGACACUGAACAAGAUACCCGUAGAUGAAAGCCUGUCACACAUUACCAACUCCUCACACACAGUCGUGACACUGAGGAACUUCACUCACCACAUUGCUACGUUGGAAUGCAGCAGUGUAGAUACGAAGCAGGUCCUUGGAGGCACCACCAUCAGAACGUACUCAAAACCCGGCAAAAUAUCAUGCAUCUUGCACUAUGAUAAAUAUUCUAAGAGCGGAGUGCCACAGCUGUUAACAUGCAACUGGGAGCAUGAGAUUGAUUCUUCAUUGGCUGUAAACUACACUGUACUAAUUGAGCCUAAUCAGACAAUCUGCUACUCAACCAUAACAACAUGCACAGCCAAAGGUUCAGUACCUCUUUGGCGAAAUUCCAGUGUUACUGUUAGAGCUAGAACUACUGCUUGGGAAGCUUCCUCCAACACUUAUACAUUCAACCCGUAUCACAUAAUGAAAAUGAGCCAUCCGGAGAUUAAGGUGACCACCUUCUAUGAUCAUCUAUUGGUUGAGUGGAACCGGUCAUCUACCUGUCAAAAAAAGUGUCACUGUCAAGUCCAAUACAAAAAGGCAGUAAAUGAAAGCACUCCAGAGUGGGUGAUCAAUAAGACUCUCACCUCCGACCAGAGAGGGUCCAAUGUGACCAUUGAAAAAUUUGAGUCCUGCAGUAACUACAAAUUUGCAGCCCGCUGUGCUUUAGAUAAGGCCCCUUGGAGCGAGUGGACCAAUAAGACAAUUCUUACCAAACUAAAUAAGAGUGACGUCAAGCUGCGCCUGUGGAGAAAAGUAGCUGAACCGGAGAAAAAUGGAAUUAGAAAAGUUCAUGCCAUGUGGGUGGAGAUUCCUUCAACAUGCCAAGGCACAUUUAGCUACACUAUCCAACAGACUCCUUACCCGGAAGGCACAACUGGAGUGAAUAAUAAAGAUCAUAUAUGUGGCAAUUCAACUUGUGAUGUCUAUGUGAACCAAGAUGCACACAGACUACAUCUCACAGUCUUCGAUAAUGAACAUCUGCUUGGGGAGGACUCUGUUUAUGUUCCAGCCAUUGGAGAGAGCCUCCCUGAAGUUACUGACAUCCAGACCUCAACCCUGGAAGGGGUUAUUCUGGUAAGAUGGAAGGCUCCGGUUCCUGUCGGUGGUUACAUGAUCGACUACACCCACGAUGGAAAUCAUUACUACUGGAAGGAGAGCAAAUAUACUAACGCAACACUAUUUGGCCUCCUGGAUAAGAAGCCAUACAAUAUUACAAUAACUCCCCUCUUUGGUGACAAGACAGGUCAUGGCACACAAGUCUUUCAGAUCUGCUCCAGAAUCGGAGAUCCAGGGAAUGUCAAUAUCAGCAAUGUUGAGCCUUAUGACAAAAGUGCCAGUGUGAGUUGGAUUGUGGAGUCACGGGAGGCAUGCAGUGGUGCUGUUGUCAACUACACCAUCUUCUACUAUACACAGAAGGGGCCACUGCUCAAUGUUACUGUAGAUGGCACGAAGCAGGGCAUCCUUUUGGAAGACCUGAAUCCAGACACCCAAUACAACGUUUAUGUCAGGGCCACAGCUCUUACCGGAGCUACCAAAAGCACUGACAGGGUCUUUGAAACCAAAACAUUUGAUCCGAGGCUCAUGACACUACUCAGUGUCUGCGGAUCCAUCACUAUAUUUCUUGUGUUAUCUCUUGGAUUAUGGUGUGCUAUUCAGUGGAAGAAAUUCAAGGAGAAGCCAGUGCCAAACCCUGGCCUCAGUUCUGUGGCGUUGUGGCCAUCGGCAAGCAGUCAAAAGGGAGCGUGCCCCUUCCAGCCAUUCAGUAAUCCAUCUGAAAGCCUUUGUGACAUGGUUUACACAGAGGAAGCUCAGAGAACAUCUACCUCUCCACUAGCUACAGACUGUAACGGGAACACAGCCAGUGAACAGACAGAGGAAUACGUUGUAGCACCAGACCCCGUCAAAUCUGUUGAGACACAGCAUCCACCCUCUCCUGGAGAAUCCACAGCACUGAUUUUUUCAGAAAACAGCCCGACAAGCCCUUAUCGAAGUCAGAGUUCUGUGGAAACUCACACCCUGAGGACCAGCAAACAAUGUAAGCGAGUUCCAGUAAAACAGCAAGAAAAGGCUCUGACUGUUUAUGUCACUCUGGACAUGUUUGAACAAGGCCAGGGAAGGUGAAAUGAAAACAUUUUCCAUUGUAAUGUGUGGCAAUAUGUGUGGAAUCAAAGUAAAGAAGAAAGAUUGAUGAUUGUAGACUUCAUCACCCAGGUAACAAAAUGUAAUGUUUUGUGUAAAUAUAUGUACAUUUUGCUACUGUUAAUCCUUUAUUGAUACAAGCAUAUUUAUAGCAAAAUGUUGUGUGGAAGCUGUUAUUAUCAAGUCAACUUGAUAUCUUUCACACAUCUACUGUGUUAUAUGGAGAUAUCUGUUUAUCCCAAUAGUUUUGGGUCUCAUUUAAUGCAAAGACAGAGCCCUUAAAUAGAAAUGACAAUUAUUUAAUGAUAUAUUGAUUUUCUUUCUACAAAGCAAUUAAAUUGGGAAGUACAGUGCUUUUGUAUAAAAUAGGGCAAAACUGCACUCAACAAGCUGCCUACAGGUAUAAUCUAAUGCAUCAUCACAAAUCUUAUUUCACGUUUAUCUAUUAAAUGGUUAAAAAUCUCUUCAUUACCAAAGGACACUACAACAUUUCAUAAAUAUACGUUAAAUUACUUUUUUGAACAAGUAACACCAACAACAAACAUGGCCGGGGGUUCUGAAGCAGAAAAUCACAAUAUUAAACAAAUGUACUGCUUGUAAUCAAUUUCAAAGAGAAAUGAUUAUAUGGCCUGUGAUUAGAGUAUACAUUUAUGGAUAUACAUCUUAACUAACAGUAAAAUCAGAUUAGUAAUGUAGUUAAUUCAUAAAACCCCAGGUAUAUGCUGGGGGAAAUCUGUCAUUGUAGAAAAGAUUUUGGAGGAUAAUGCAGAUGAAUGUACAUAAUGUACUGUAUGUACAAAUAUAUUUUUACCUGUCUUUGUUCAGCUUUGUUGUCCUUGUUUUAGCUGUAUGGCUAUUUUGUAUUCCUGUAUAAUGUUCUGCAUGUAAGUACAUUGAAAGCAACUUAAACCCAGAGUCACAUUUCUUGUACAUGCACACUAAUAUGCCAAUAAAGCUAGUCUGAUUCUGGUCCUAUAA